AUGGGGAAAAGGUAUCAUUGUGAGUACUGUAACCGUUCCUUUGCGGACACUCCGCAAACAAGGAAGAAUCACAUCAAUGGCGUGCAGCACAAGAGAAAUCGAAAGCUGCACUAUGAUUCAUUCAAAGGUGAGAAUUAUUCAUUUCUCAGUCAAACCUUGCGCUGUAAACACGGAUAGAGUUGCUUAGCUUUGCACCCACCAGUGUUUUCCAUAUUCUCUUAAGUUAAAACAAACUCUUUCAUAAUUGAACAGUGACAAGUGGUAAAUAAAGGGACUCUUAUUUUUCCAGUCCCAGACAAUUCGAUCACAUUGGGUUUGAGCUAAGCUUAAUGCGAUAAAGUAAGAUGUAAGUAAGAUUGAAGUUAAGACCGUAAAUCAAACAAACAAAAGAAAAUACAGUCGAGGCGACCACCCAAAAUGCCAAAAUUUAGUAGCUUCCCACACAGAGGUGACAAAGACGUUCUUUUGGCUCGUCACGCAAUCCUUCCCCCACGAACGUCUGUUGAAACGAGCGGUUAAAAACGUAGACCAAUCACAGCAGACUUCCUGAUCUGAGAAGGGCACUUUGGACCUUGAGAAAUUUCGUGGCUUCUUUGCACGAGACUCCACAAAAGAUCAGAAAGGUCUCAUGAAAGGUGACAUCAUCAGAGACCAAGGGGCAGUCAGUUGGGUCGGGUAAAAUGGCAGUGAAAGUUUUCAACAAUGAGCAGGCAAGCCCCUGGGUUGCUUCUCUUAACGAAGCAAUUCCACGACUCAUUCGGAUGCUUGUCUGUGUUUGGGCACAAAAAAUAAUUUUGUGCCCAAUAAGAGGCCAGCAUCUAUUGUGCUACUUUUGUGAUCUUCUUACACGAAAAAAAGUUUACCUGCAAACUCGACCAAGAAGAUCAUCCUGCUGUGGCCUCACCAAAAGAACACCUUUAUCAGAGCAAAUAGCAUCUGAUUCAGCAUAACUUUAUAGAGAGAAAUAUACAAAAAGCCAACCCUUAUCUCCUACAUUUUUGUCCAGAACAAAACUCUUUGGUCAUGUAUCGGGCACUUCCGAGGUUGCACAUCGUGUUUGGCUUGUCAACGCUUUGACUUUUUUAGCAUCAAUUGGUUUUCCGAUAAUCUGCACAUGAGCUCCAUCUAAUAUUUGUGAACAGUGGAAAAGGAAUUUACCCACUCAUUUCAGCAGAUGUUCAUGGGGUAGGAACGUGUGACAAACCCCUAAGAACAUCUGUUGGGAGGCUGUAGUGGUCGCUUACAAGAAUCAACCCACAGGUGGUCUCUAAUGAGAAGAGGUCUACUGUUUGAAAGCGAAUUUUACUGAUUUUUGUUUAUAACAGGAAGUUUUUCGUAUACUCUGAAUGGUGUACAGUAGUACAUACAGCAAACAUAGAGAUUACUUCAUGUGAAACCAUAACUAAAAGUGAGCCCUUUGUCCAAAAAGCCAUGUGGUUGCUUGCAAGAGGUGGUCAUUUAUGAGAUGUUCCAACAAAAAGGAUUUGACUGGGAAAUAAAUUUUUAGUGUUUUGGAUAGGUGGUUGCUUACAAGAGGUGGUUGCACAUAGUGUUUGUUCUGUACAACAAACCAAAAAUCAAUAUUAUAUUUUAGAGGGCCACAAGUUUAUUGUAAUAUUGUAACUGUCAUUGUUACCCUCUCUAAGGAAAGUCUCCACUCCUCCCUUAUUAUGCUUUACACAGUGUUUUGGCUGUUUCAAAAAUAGAUCCUGCAGUUCUGCUAGCAGAAGAAAGCAGUAAGCCACCUUGUCGAAAAUUCUUUACUACUGGUGAGUUUGUUUGAUUAUGAAACAUUUAUUAUAUCUGCAUUUACUAUAUUUUAUGCAUUACUUAGUUUGGGCAAUUCCAUUUUGUAUCCGGCAGAAAUGUUGAGUCAAUCAAAGUUACCAAAGUGUGUUUUUUCAUUGAGGAGGCGUGUGUGGUCGAGCGGUUAACACCUCAAACUCCAGAUCUAGAGGUGUGGUGUUCAAGCCUCGCCCAUCACAUUGUUUCCUUAGACAAGGAACUCUACUCCUUGUUGUCUCUCUUCAUCCAAAGUGUAUAAAUGGGUCCUGCCACCUACUGCUAGGGGGUAACCCUGUGAUGCACUACAGCUGUAGCAUCCCAUCUAGGGAGAAGCAAUACUCCUAGGCAUGCUUCAUGCUAAGGAAACCAGGAUAAGCUCCAACCGUUUGGGCCUUUGGCUUAUUAUUUUGUGCCUUUAUCUUUACCCUUUUAUUUCAUAUUUGAGGGUUAAGGAAAAUUUUGGCAUAAUGAUCCUUGCAGAUGUACCAAAAAAUGCUAUAAAUAGACAGUCCCCUAUUUUUCUGUAAGAUCGUUGCGAUUGAGUGCUUUCAGUGAUACUAGCAGCAAUCUUAAUGUUCCAGUUCUGGCCUGGGUACCCUGGCCUCCCCUUGGUACAUUUAAAACCAAGAUUGCUGCCCAUAACACAAUGUGCUGGAUCUUCACAGCCUUACGGAAAGAUAGUGAAUGGAGUUUGAAAAAUCUAAGCUAUAGUAACUGAGUAAUAAAUUGUUGAUGCUACAUCACUAUAUAACACAUAUCAUAGUAUUUUUUAGAUAAAAUUAUGUGAGCAUUUGACUGACCUUUUGUUGUUUUAGGAUCUUGUGGAUUUGGUGAUAGUUGUUGGUAUUCUCAUACAAAUCCGCAAAUGCUAUUAGCAGCUCAAGGAGCAAGUAAGUAUCACCACAACUACUUCAACUACUAAACAGUUUUUUACUUGGUUAUUUAAGGUUAUGUAGCAUUCCUUUAGUGUUUAGUGUUACUUUCUGUAUAGUAUAGCAAUGAUGUAGCAAUGAUGAAUGGCAUAGUCUGUUUAUGUGUCUUCAUGUUACUAUAUGUUAUGUAUUUUUUAUUUUGAUUGUUAAAAACAAAAUAAUAAUUAUUAUAAUAACUAUACCUAGCAACAGAUUAAAAUAAUGUUAAGUAACUGAGAAAACAUCAAUAGCUUAAUAUUAUUGUGAAGAACUGAAUUUUUUAUCAUUCUUCAUGCAUUAUUUUUUCCUUUCAUUUCCUAUUUCCAUCAACCGAUCUGUUGCUCAGGUUAAAAAGUGAAUGGGCUGAUCAUUUUCUACAGUUUCUGCUGUUUACUUCAAUUUCCUUGUGUUUUUACAGGUAGCCAAACAUCAAAUGUAUCACAAGCAAAUCAACCUGAGCCAAAGCUGGAGGAUUGGCUCAAGAAGUGGGAGAAAAAACAGAAAAAGAAUGAAUCAAAAGACAUGUCAGGAACAUCAGCUCAUCAAUCUGUUUACACCCUCCCACCUGGACUUCCUCCCCCACAAAUGCUCCCACCUUCCCUAUUACCACCACCACCAGGGGGGUACCCUGAUCUACCAAGAAUUGACUGGGGCUAA